AACGUGUGGAUGGAGGUUAGCAGGGGGACAGAGGCCGGGGGAUGACGAGUGGAGACGCUUGUUUAAAAGGCGUGAGUCCGCUGCUGCAGUUCUGCACCAAGGCCCAAGUGGCCGUUGCCGUGGCGAUAAUAAAGAGCCGGCCGGCGGGCAUGAGCGGCCGCGAGCACGCCAUGGCUCUGCGCUCCCGGCUGAGGAGCCAGGACCACGGCUGGAGGGAGAAAGCCCAGGAGCUGGAGCAGGAGGUGCUGAGGCUGCGCCAGGAGCUGAUGAUCACCAAGGUGACGGCGGUAGCACGGAACGCCACGAAGACGCCAGGUCAGCACGCUGCAGACGAAGCUUCUUCACAGGAUCUGUUCGGUCCUUCACAGCCGCAGCCUGACUGUGACUCAGCGACUCCUGAGCUCCUCCAGGAAGACCCCCGGCCCGCCGCUUCCCCCCCGCAGCCGCCAACAGCCUCCAGUCUCCAUGAAAGAGCCAUGCACCCCCACGUGCACUUCCUCCAGGCGCUGUGCGCCCUGCACCGAGCAGCAGGAGACCAGCGAGGCCUGGAGGCGCUGUGGUUCAGCCCUGACGGGGGGGCUGGCUCCGUGCUGGCGGACUCCGUGUGCCAGCUCCUGCACUCGGUGGCGGUGGCGUGCCGGGAUCCCCCCCCGCUGGGGCCGUGUGACCUGGUGCUGCAGGCCUGCCGGGUGGCGGCCCGGGCCAUGGACCUGUUCUGCUCCCAGAGGAUUCCGUCUGCAGAGUUCCUGAGGCGUGUGGAAGGUUCUCUGAGCGACCUGACGGCCAUGCUGCUGCUCAACCCGCCCGGCAGGACGGCAGAGAAGCUGAUGGAGUACCUUCUCGCUCUGGGGAGCAGCAACAUGUCCAAGUCCUUCGUCAUCCGUCACCUCCUCUCUCAGGUCAGCGCCGUGGCCGAUCAGCUCUGGCUCCUCCUCCAGGUAAUCACAGAUCAAAGUCGUCCUCCAGAUGCAAUCUCCAGGCUGGACCAGUUUCCCGUGGACCGGUACCACAACUCCUGCCGCCUGCUCUGGAUCCUGGAGCAGCUCCUGCAGAACCCGGAGGUGCGGGGCCGGCUGGAGACCGGGUCGGAGCAGACGAGCUUCCUCCGGCACCUGGAGCAGCAUCUCCUCCUGCUGUCAGAGGAGUUUCCCUUAUUCACCAUCUACAUGUGGAGGAUCGGAAGUCUGCUCACGUCCUCAGGCAGAUAA